CUACUUUCCGCUAUAGCAGAGUAUCACGACGUCAUAUCUUUUCGUGGUUUAUAACGUUGAACUCUCAUUUAGCACAGUUUUUGAGCAGCAGUGUCUUUGACGAAGAUGGGUUGUUGUGGAAAAAAUAGCGACGAUGAAAGGACUGAUAAUGUGGAGAUGAAAGGAGGGGAUAAGAGAGGCGGAAAAGCUGGCAAGUGGGGAAAUCCUAAACCAUUUGAUCCAACAUUUAAUGGGCCAAUAAAAAACAGGAGCUGCACUGACUGUAUAUGUUGCAUUCUCUUUGUUCUUUACAUUGUUGGCAUGAUAGCCCUGGGAAUUGUAGCAUAUAUAAAAGGUAAUCCAUACAAGCUGCUGAAUUCUGUUGAUUCUGAUGGAAAUAUCUGUGGUUACGAUGAGAUUGUCAAGGAUCGGCCUAAACUGGUUUUCUUUGACUUGACGGAAUGUCUUCCUGCAGUCACUCAAGUUGCAACAAAUCUCUUUGGGGCAUCUUGUCCCACAAAACAGCGCUGUGUGAAGAGUUGCCCUGACAAAAAUGCUUUUGCACUCACUGGGAAUGUAUCAGACCUUGUUUGUGACUAUGACAUUGAUGUCAACAGUUUAAAUCCAUCUUAUCAGGAGCGCUUAGACUUAGUCAGGAACAAGAAGUGUGCUCCAUAUAUCCUCAAAAGUUCUGAUGUCCUGAACCGUUGCAUACCAACACUAGUUGGAGAUGCAUUAACAACCAGUUUAGGAGAUCAGCUGCAAUCAGCAGAUGGAUCAAAUGUCACUACUGAAGAAGUAAAAGAAGGAUCUCUAGCUGUUCAGGCAUUGCUGAACCUGCAGAACCUCGGUCAGAAGAUCAUACAAGAUGUGCAGGAAUCCUGGUACUGGAUUCUGGCUGCCAUGGGAAUUGCGAUGGUGGCUUCUUUCUUGUAUAUUAUUGUCAUGAGGUGGAUUGCUGGACUUGUGGUGUGGGUGACCAUCUAUGCUGUUUUGACUGCACUUGGCUUCUCUGUUUAUUAUUCAUGGACAAAGUACAAAGAACUGUCAUCCAACUCUGGUAACACCACAAUCACUGUUCUGAGUGUGUCCACUGGUCUUGAUUCAUAUGCUAACAGUGAAAAAACUUGGUACUGGCUGACUAUUAUUCUUGGGGUUAUCCUUGGAAUUCUGGUGUUGAUUCUGCUGGCUUUAUACAAGAGGAUUUCUAUUGCAAUUCAGAUCAUCAAAGAGGGAAGCAGGGCUGUAUCUGCCAUGCCAUUUAGUCUGUUUUUCCCUGUUGUUCCUUGGCUGCUCCAGAUCAUACUGUUUGGAUGGUUUGUUGGUGUCUUAGCCUUCCUUGUCACUGCUGGUGAUCCACAGUACCAAGUUGUGUCCAACGACACUCAAAAUGGACAAGUGUGUACUCAGGAAAUAAAAGAUGCAAUAGGAUCUGCCAGCAACUAUACAUGCAAUUUUGUGGACUUUGCAAACGAUGACCAUUUGUUCCGCAUGCAAGUCUACCAUCUGUUUGGCUGGUUCUGGCUCAUGAAUUUCAUCAUUGCCCUAGGCCAGUGUGCACUGGCAGGUGCAUUUGCCUCCUAUUACUGGGCUUGGGACAAGAAGACGGACAUACCAAAAUUUGCAGUGACAGCAUCAUUUUUCCGAACUCUAAGGUACCAUACUGGUUCACUGGCCUUCGGGUCUCUUAUCAUUGCCAUCGUUCAGUUGAUCCGAGCAGCACUGGAGUACAUCGAUCACAAGCUCAGAGGGCCAGGAGAGCAAAGUGAAAUUACUAAGUACAUCAUAAAGUGCCUUAAAUGCUGCUUUUGGUGUUUGGAGAAGUUCCUGAAAUUUCUCAACAAGAAUGCCUACAUUAUGAUUGCAGUACACGGCAAGAAUUUUUGCGUCUCAGCAAAAGAUGCUUUUUUCCUCCUGAUGAGGAAUAUUUUGAGAGUCGCCGUAUUGGACAAAGUAACGGACUUUGUUCUGUUUCUUGGUCAGUUGACUAUUGCUGCAGGCCUAGGUAUUGGGAGCUUCUAUUGGUUCGAACGACAAGAAAACCUCAACUAUUACUUGGCCCCUGUCAUUAUCAUCGUUGUUGGCGCCUACAUGAUAGCAUCAGCUUUCUUCAGUGUCUACAACAUGGCUAUUGAUACGGUCUUCCUUUCAUUCUUGGAGGAUUCUGAGCGAAAUGACGGCUCCCCGGAAAAGCCAUACUACAUGAGCAAGUCCCUGAGGAAGAUAAUUGGAAAGAAAAACAAGAAAAAUUCAGACAGCGAAUGAAAUGGCUGCGGCCGGAUCAUCAGCGGUUAAACUUCAGAUAUGCCGCUGCUAAAUUGACUAUUACCAUUUGCAAUCGGUUCACUUGAUUGGAUGAGCAGUAUUUAUAGCCGAAAUUUUAUAGACCGAUUGAAGGGAAAGACAGAGGUGACUACACUAACGAGAUUCGACAUUCGUUUUUAGUUAUUUCUCUAAACUAUUUUUCAUAGCUAGUUUAAUACUGAAAACCCUCUCUGUGGUGCGAGAUGUUUCAAAUAGAAGAGCCCGCGAGAAUACUUCUACUUUUAUUUAAUGGGAAGUGAGGCUGUUUUUCGCCUUAGUGAUUGGGAAGAGUAAAGCAGUUUUGUACAAGGAUAAACAGACAAUUUUGACACAAACAUUUUACUUAAUAUAAUUUAAUAUUUUCACUUCUAAGUGCGGUAGAAUCCAUUUGGACAAUAUAUUAUUGCUUCUCUCUUCCAAGUAUUUUGGUCAAGUAGGGUUACAGAUUAUCGCUGGACGAAAUCUUUGUACAUACAAGGCUCUCGUCGUGGAAUUUGAAUUUGUGUAAAGCACGUUUCAAUGUAUUUUGUAGCAUAGCUAGUAAAUUUAUCUAAUCAAAUUCAAUUGCGCGAGCUUGCUUCAUAUUCGUAUAUUCAUAUGCACGCUCAUGACGUCAGCAAACAAAUCCCUCGGGGAAAAAAUUUUUCUUCGGGUUGAAAAUGUUAUAAAACAAUUGGUUCAUACGUCAGCUGUACGUUCAUCGAGAUAUGAAGCACUUGGGAAGUUUGGAGAGCACUCAAGAAGCAAGAGUUGCUCUCAGCUACGCCUCGAGCAACUCUUACGCAUCUUUCGUGCUCUCCAAACUUCCCGCGUGCUUCGUAUCUCGAUGAACGCACGCUGACAUAUGAACCAAUUGUUAAGUAUCAUUGUUAAACAUAGACCAGGCCUGAAUACAGACAGUGUGUAAAUAGAGAACUUUAUAAACUAUGUUUUAGGUUGCAAAUCGAGGUUUUUUCCACUUGCAUUAGAGAUGGAAAAUUUCGGUCAUCAAACGUGCUGGGAAAACGUCGCAGAAAAGCAACAAGGCUUCAAGGUCGUUUUCUUACACGUUUUGCUUUCCGUGUGUGUUGUGCGUGAUUUUCGUUUCGCUAUUCGUUGACCAAAGCCUCAGGACCCUAACGACCGUUAAAGCUGGCUAAGAGUCCCAAAAGGUUGGAUGUUAAAGUAAUAAGCUUUGCACCAAAUGUUUGAUUUAAUUUUCAUGUGUUAGAGUAUUGUGCAGUAGAAGGAAGUUUGCUUGCACGUAGAAGGUUUAAUAUUUAUUUAACGUAUUAGAUCGAUUGUUGAGUAACUUGUGGGUGAAGCCUCCCCCAGAACAGGGUUGUUUUGUGCAUAUAAAUUAUUUACUAGCAACCUGUACAAGCAUUUGUUACUCUUUCCUUUUUGAGAGUCAUUUAUGCUGUACAGACAAGACAGUAUAAGACUGGCUAUUUUCUGCUGGGUAUAGGCGCCAUAUUUGGUCAUUAAAUCCUUGCGCAAAUGCUUGCAGAAUAUUCGCAAUUCCAGUCAACAAACGCUUCAUAUGAUAUAUAACUUGGCAAGCACUUUCGCAGAGCGUAUAUUCAAUGUUUUUUUUGUUUUUUCUUUUUUUUUUCCGACUAAAUAAGACGCUGCUUUCCCGUACUUUCCAUGACUUUACAGGUCAAUACAAUGGAAUCUUGUAUAGUAAGUUGUUUAACCAAGAGAUGGUUUGGAGUGUUAAUAAAGAGCUUGCGUGGUGUUAUUAUCUAUA